GCGCGGCCACGUGACGCAGGGGCAGCCGGUUCGCUCCGCGAGAGCGGGGCCGGGAUCGGUGUGGAGAAAGGAGGGGACGGGGAGCAGACGCACUCCCGCGGGGCCGGGCCGGGCUGUGGGGAGUGGGGCCGGGCGGGGCCGGGCCGGGCCGGGCCGGGCCGGAGCAGGCCAGGCGGCGCUCCCCAGUGACCCGCGGCGAGGCGCGGCCUGGGCCGCACGUGGGGCCUGCUCACCUCUGGGGCCCGGGCCGCCUUCGCCGCCGGCCGUCCCCGCGCCCGGCAGUUGUAUUCCCACCUCGGCGGGGAGGGGCCGGCCUCCUCUGCCCGCUGAGCGAUGUCCCCACCGCCGCCGGAGGCGGUGCCCGAAGAGGUGCUGGAGCAGUGGCGGCAGUACAGCGAGAGCGAGCGGCACUGGGCUGUGCGCCGCCGUUUCAUUCUUCGCCACCUCCACAGUUAUCCGGGCGCCGCCAUCGACCAGCUGCUGGCACUGUCCGUCCUCUGGAGCAACCACGUCUUCAUGGGCUGCAGGUAUGGCUCGCAGGUCAUGGAAAAGGUUCUCAAGAUGGCAGAGGGCAUUGACAUCGGGGAGAUGCAGACAUUUGAACUGGUUCCUAGCAAGAAGCUGAAGAGACAACGGUCCCCACCUGACAGUACAGAGCGGAAAGAAGUUCCUGAGCCUCCAAAAAAGGUGGUCCCUAAGUUCCGUGUGCGGCCACGUUUUGAACCCAUCCACUUCGUAGCCAGUGCUGAGAAGGAUGGCAAGAAGGAAGAUUCUCUGGACAGCCAAACACAGGAAACGCACCAAGAGGCAAAUACAAAUAGUGUAACACAGCCAGCUGAAAACUGUAUAGAUUCUCAUUUUGAGAAUGCCCAGGGAGUGGAUACCCAGAUCUCCAACUCAGCUGGGUUUGGCUUUGCAAGCCAGGCAGCAACUCCCAAUAAGGCUGUGAAUAGUACGGACGUUGCCACAAGUGGCAUGUUGCAGGUUUCUGUUCCUCCCUCAGCUGUCCAGUCUGUAUCAGAGACUUUCCCCCCAUCAGCUAUAAUGCUGAAGCAGAGUUUUAUUGAGAAACUGUCAGCAGCUGUCUGGAAAAAUCUUGCUAACCCAGAUGCAAACACUGGGACUGAUAAAAUUAACUAUACGUAUCUUUUGACACGUUCCAUUCAGGCAUGCAAGACAAAUCCUGAAUAUAUUUAUGUUCCUCUGAAUGAAAUCGCCCCUGCUGACCUCCCAAAGAGUAAGAAGCUCUUAACAGAUGGCUUUGCUUGUGAAGUACGAUGUCAGAAUGUCUACUUGACCACUGGUUAUGCUGGCAGCAAAAAUGGAUCCAGGGAUCGAGCCACAGAACUAGCAGUCAAGUUGCUGCAGAAGUCUGUAGAAGUUAGGGUUGUGCAGCGGAAGUUCAAGCACAUUUAUCACGAAGACCUGGUGGUGUGCCUGGCAGGUGUGAGUUGCCCAGAUUUCCCUCCUGCUCUCAAACCUCAUGAGGAGUUUGUAGUAGCCAACAGGGACUGCGUCCCAGCACAGCCCAGUACUGAAUCCGCGAAAGGUUCCACUAACACCAGCAAACACUGGACUAGUUUUGUCCUCACAGAGAAUGCCAGCGAUGCAAUAGGAAUACUUAACAAUUCUGCCUCGUACAACAAAAUGUCUGUUGAAUAUAAAUACGACUACAUGCCCAACCGCAUGUGGCGUUGUCGAGUGUAUCUACAGGAUCACUGCUUAGCUGAGGGAUAUGGCACUAAGAAGACCAGCAAGCACACUGCAGCUGAUGAAGCACUGAAAAUUUUGCAGAAGACGCAGUCAAACCUAACAGCCAUCAAAAUGACCCAGGUUCAGAAAGUGGGCCGCUCAUCACAAGGUUCCGGGAGGAAGAAGGACCUGAAGGACCUUGUGGUUUAUGAGAACUCUGAUAACCCAGUGUGCACGCUGAAUGACACUGCUCAGUUCAACAAGAUGACGGUCGAGUAUGUCUUUGAAAGGAUGACUGGCAUGCGAUGGAAAUGUAAGGUGCUGCUUGAAAAUGAAUUCAUCGCAGAAGCAGUUGGAGUGAAGAAAUCUGUCAAGCAUGAGGCAGCAGAGGAAGCUGUGAAAAUCCUCAAAAAGACUCAGCCAACUGUUGUUAAUAAUCUGAAAAAGGGCACCAUUGAAGACGUCAUCUCCAGAAAUGAGAUUCGGGGGCGAUCAGCAGAAGAUGCUUUGAAACAGAAGAUCAAAGAAGACAACAUUGGGAAUCAAAUUUUAAGAAAGAUGGGCUGGACAGGUGGUGGCCUAGGGAAGGACGGUGAAGGAAUUAGAGAGCCUAUUUCAGUGAAGGAGCAGUUUAAAAGGGAAGGACUUGGGCUUGAUGUGGAAAGGGUAAAUAAAAUCGCUAAAAGAGAUAUUGAACAGAUCAUUCGAAACUAUGCCCACUCAGAAAGUCACGUUGACUUGACAUUCUCUACAGAACUGACCAAUGAUGAACGGAAACAGAUACAUCAGAUUGCCCAAAAAUAUGGUCUUAAAAGUAAAUCUCAUGGCCAGGGCCGUGAUAGGUACUUGGUGGUAAGCAGAAAGCGGCGUAAGGAGGAUCUGUUGGACCAGCUGAAGCAAGAAGGCCAUGUUGGGCAUUAUGAGCUUAUCAUGCCUCAAGCAAAUUGACGUUCAGUGUCUGAUUUUACUGGUGAAAGUUAUAAAUGACAUUUCUAGAUACCUGGUUGAAGAAAGAGAUGCUGCAUUUCUUGUUGCGUGAUAUGUUAACAUUAAAAUCUUUUACUUUGCUCAUAUGAUUUCUAAAAUGUUGCUAGACAAUUAGGACUGACGAAGUUCUAUUCGAGCACAUUAGCACAACCCAACACCAGUAGUGCUGUUACUGUAUGUCUUUGAUAUUACUUGUUCCUUCACAUUUUAAUAGUUUUGUAAUAGCAAAAACACAUGUCCAACCAGAAAGAAUUUGACGUCAUUUAAAAUACAGUUCCCUUAUUCUUCUUAACCUUUUUGACUGAAAAAGGAAAAAAUGCCUUGUUUUAAAAACAAAAAAAGAUAAAAAGCAAAGGAAAUGCAGUUUGGAGGAAUAAAUCUGUAUGUAAAGUUGGUAUUGAUGACAAUAAAAAUACAGCUUUAUUUCUGGAAAAAAAAAAAAACCAAACAAGUUUGUCAACUUUUGUGUAAAAAGAAAUGUGUGAAAACUGCAUUUAUUCUUAAGAAACGUGUAUAUAGCAAGGUCUUGUCUCUGCUGUGUACGUAUGUGCAGAAAUGUCCUUACCCAGUGUAACAGUAUGGUUUUAUUCAUAGGCUUUUACCUUGAGCCUCCCAUACUGAAAGUCACCGAAUGCACCUUACUCAUCAGUGUAUUGGACUUAGAUAAUUCCAGUGGAUUUUUACCUAGAAGCACUGCUUGACAUAUGUAAAUACCACAGUGAGGUAUGAAAUAGAAAAACUGGAGGUAAACACGGAGCCCACGCGUCAGAGAUGCUAGCGUAGCUUGUGGGGAAUGUUACAUAACUUAUUUUUUUACUUUGAAUAUAAGCUCUUUAACCCAGCAAAAUUAUAUCUGUGCCUAAUUAUUUCUCUGCUCUGUUAAUGUACCUCUGCUUGUGUUACGUUAAGGGCAAUUCACAAGGAAACGGUCGCAUUGCUCUGAAGUGCGGUGCAAGUUUGGCAUCUCGUUGGUGCUGGAGUGUGCUGCUGGAGUCGGGAGUGCUCCUCCUGCCUGGGAAGCAGGCUGUGCUGCUGCCUGUGCCGUUCCUCCAGCAGGGCCAUGAAAUGGAGCUGUGCGAGCCUUGGGGGAGCACCCACAUCGUGCCUGGAAAACGGGGAGGUCAGGCAGGGACCUUGGAAGAGCUGUCUAGAGAUGCUGUUCUUCUAUCACCAGUAGGGCCUGCUGACUCUUUGUGCAAGGGCAGCUGGUAAAUCCAAUCCUAGUGCGGUAAUUCUUUGCCCGUUCUGUUGGCUUAUGCCUCAGCUAUUGCUUUUGUUUAUUUACUUCCCAUAUUUGCCUCUUCAUUUCUUUAUGUUGUGUUUUCAUUUCUUACACUCUUCUUUUUUUUUUAAUACCUGGCUCUGGGUGACCGACCCCCGCUGAUGGAGCAGAAGAUCCUACAGAUGUGCAUUUAGAGAGAUGUUCAGCCCAACAGUGAAAAGGAGGAGGUUCUCCUAGAAGACUUCACUUACAGGUAAGACUCGCUUGGAACAGAGAGAACAUCUCUUCCUAUCUUUAAUGAGGUGGCUUCAGCUUGGGCACCUGUAAUAAAAACAUGCAGCUGCUGCUGUCUUUGAAGGACAGUGUGGCAGAAAAUUCUGAAAGAGUUUUCUUUUUUUUGUGCAUUGUGCAUUCUACUUCUGAAUUCUGCUCCCAGGGAUGCUGGAUUAUAGCAGAUGGCAAUGUAGGAGUGUGGAAGAAGCCUGGUACUUCCGAGUAUUCCUGCAGGCAGGAGUGCAACUCCCCCUCCCUAGCUUGGUUCUGCAGCAGGUCCUUCGAGCUUGGUGCCACCGGGAAAAGUAGCAAGAGCCCCAGGGCAGUGUUGAGCUGAGAAAUCUUUCUGCUGAACAGUGUGGCAGGGGGUGCAGGAUGUGUGUUACUGCUGCAGUAGUUACCUUGUACAGACUCGCUGCUGGUGAUACUGUUUUCUCUGCUGGGUAGCAUCCCUGACUCAUGGCCAUAAAUCUUUGCCAGGUGGGGUACCUCUGCCUCAGACCUCUGUUGCUUCCUAGUUGAAUUAGUGGGAGUAUUUUUGGUGACUGCUAGGACUGAAGAAUUGCUCUCUGCUCCAUCACCUGUGUUUAUGUGGUUUGUAAGCUUCCUGGAUCCAGCACUGUAUGGUUUGAAAUUUAGUGGAUUAAGGACUUGCGUAGGAAAGUGGUAAAGGUGAGGUUUUUCAUUUCUGGCUGCCUUAGGGCUGAUGCCAUCCUUUGUUUUUUAGUGAGUAGCGAGACAUACGAAAAUGGACGGAGGGGUGCGGGUGAUACUAUGAUAUGAGAUUAACUUGAGCCAUUCAGAAAGGUUUCUGCUCGCAAAGGCAGAAAGUUACAUAGGGUACAGGGAAACGGCCAAGAUCCCUCAUAUACCUUUUGGUUGACUUCAGUCUUCCCCCAUGUUGGGGGUAUUCUGCGCCAGUGCUAAGCUUAGUCUGUGUAAGUUGAUGGUUGUUGCUUGCCUGGCUCUUGAUUUGGGCAAGUUUUGCGCAACAGAUGCUUAAGAAUCAAGAUUACUUGAGCAAGAUAUACUUGUCCAUACACACUCCUGUGGGCCUGUCAGCUCUAGCCCUAUGCAUGAUAUGUAAUGACCCCUCUCUCUACCUCUUGUAGUUGGCUUUUUGACAUGGGUAAGUAGCAAUUACAAGGGUUCAGCUUAGACAGUCCUUUAGGAAAGCUAGCAAGCAUAACUAAGCACAGCUGCAGGGGUGAAAGGCUGCCCUAUGUAAGGCAGAGGCCUGCUCAGUGUGUGAAGUAUUGUCACAGAGAUGGGCUAAUGACUGACUUUUUUUUUUUUAAAGAACCUGUCAAGCUGUCUUAAUUGUGGAGCUGAGGAGCAGUACCAUCUUUUGUUAGAUGCCAGUCAUUUUCAUCAUGUUCUCCCCUUCAUAAGAUGGGAAGAGUAUGAUUCUCAUGUCAGCUACUGUUAUUAACAUACCUAUUGCAGGCUUUUUGCAACAGCUUACUCCUAGGAGUGAUGUUGUCCUGAGCUUUUUGCAGGUGUCUGUUUUUCCAUCUCCUUCCAAGCUGACCCAGGCCUGUUCUUCCUCCACGUGGAAGGGCUCAUGUUGUAUCUCUGCACUGUGAACAUACAGCUCAGCCCAAGCACAGCUCCUGCCCCAAACAUGUGGAAGUGUGCCCCAGCCCUGCUGGUAGAACUUUGAGAUCCCUCCUGCUGUCUCAGAAUAACCACAGUUACACACCUCUUGCCUAUUUAUACAAUAAGCAUUAAGGUUACACUUUAUUUACAAGUUUUGAAAAAUGUACAGUUUCUUACAUGGGUUACUUGUGCAAAGUUAUACUUCUUAACUAACAGACCAAUGUGCACACAAAAAAGACACUGGAACAUUGGACAACACAAUUGUAGGUUUCAUCCCACACUGCUGCUUAAGGAACUGUAUCCAAAUGUACAAACUUAGCCGUACAAAAAAAGUGAGUCUGGACUUAACAACUGUUUUCUCAGAGUUGAAAAAAUACUUUGAUAAAAUUGAAGAGAAACUAACUCAAGCAUGCAGCAGUAGCUCACAUUAAACCACAGUAAACUACAAAGAUCGGGAACUGCAGAGACUGAAGUGCCUACCCCAUACUUUAUUCAAACUUUCCACAAGGCAAAGCUGGAUACCAAAUAACUUAUCUUUCUCAGAUAAAGAUAAGGGGAGAGAAGAAGAUACUAAAAGGAGAAUAAUUCCACCUCUGGAACGCUUCAGGUUUUACUUCUUCCUUAAUACAGAAGGGCUUUAACUCAAGAGUACCGCAGCUCUAUCUGCUUUUGUCUAUUAACGCCUCAGUGACAGGACUACAGAAACUUAGCAGAGCGGUCUCCAUAGGCAUGUCCCUUAACAGACUACUUUA